AUGACUACUCUAUCCACCGUUCGAGGCCGUGAGGCCCUUGCGUGCAGCACGGUCUUUACCUGUCUGGCUACAUUUCUAGUGGCCAUUCGUAUCUACACCCGAGCAUUCAUGGUGAAGCAGAUGGGAUCAGAUGACUAUGCUAUCCUGGUUGCCUUGGCUUUCUCAUGGGGUUUCUACGGAUUGUUCGUGGGUGAGGUUUACCACGGUAUGGGUGCCGAUUAUGAUAUUAUUCCCCACCAGACAUACGUGACCCAGAUGCUGUGUUUCUGGGCCUCCGUUCCAAUCUAUCAGACCAGUCUGAUUACUACCAAAUUGUCGAUUCUCCUCCAGUACCGACGAGUGUUCUCCACAACACCGCGUAUGCGAUUGGCUUGCAACUUGCUCAUCGGCUUCCUGGCCAUUUACGGAACCUGGACAAUCAUUAGCGCCUGGGUCAACUGCAUUCCUAUUAAGAAGUUCUGGGAUCCGACUGUUGCGGGCUUUUGUUUCAAUAAAGAAGCACUGUGGUUCUCGAACUCUGCAAUCCACAUCUUGACCGAUCUUUUGAUUCUCAUCUAUCCCAUGCCCGUCAUCCGAUCUCUUCAAUUACCCAGCAGACAGAAGAUUGCUUUGAUGGGCGUCUUUGCCCUAGGUGGAUUUGUUAUGAUCACCAGUAUCCUUCGCUUGAAGAGUCUCCUCGUCAUCUCCAACUCCAGUGACCCAACCCAUGACAACGUUGGCGCUGCUGAAUGGUCCGCAAUCGAAUGCAACGUCGCAAUCAUCUGCGCCGCGCUCCCAAGCACACGAGCCCUCUUGUCUAGAUUACUCCCCCACAUCUUCUCCACGCGCAGCAACGGCUACCGCAGCAAGACACGACCAUCACGCACAGGCCGGAGCGCUCUUACUGGCACACAUACCAACGUACAAGCAUCCGUUAUCGGAGGGCGCGGCCUCGACCACCCAGAGUAUGAUCUGGAGAACCUUUCUCCGACUGGCUCGUCUUAUGAUGGUUACUCCAAGGAGCAAGAGGCUAAGGCUGAAUUCUCAGGCAUCAAAGUUACGACAUUCGUGACGCAAGAGUCGGUUUCUACACCGGCUGACAACAACGAUUCUGGGAGUACGAAAGACCUGGUUCAUACUCAUCGAGAGAGUUUCUGA